AAUACCACCGACAAGAUGGCGGACGCAUUGGAAGAAGCGAACAUCAAUCCCGCCGAAGGGAACUUGGCGAAAGAUCUCUUCUCCGGAGCGGUGGGAGGUGUCGCACAGGUGUUGAUCGGUCAACCAUUCGACAUCGUCAAAGUCCGCCUCCAAACCACCACCCAAUACACCGGCGCCCUCGACUGCGCCCGCCGCAUCCUCGCCAACGAAGGCGCCUCGGCCUUCUACAAAGGAACCCUCACCCCUCUCAUCGGCAUCGGCGCUUGCGUCUCCGUCCAAUUCGGCGCUUUCAACUACGCCAAACGUUUCCUCGAAGCCCGCAACGCCUCCUCCUCAUCCUCCCCUGUCCCGGCACCCCUCUCCUACACCCAAUACUACACCGCCGGCGCCUUCGCCGGCCUAGCCAACACGGCCCUCUCCUCCCCCAUCGAACACGUCCGCAUCCGCCUCCAAACCCAACCCCACGGCGCGGGAAAACUCUACUCCGGCCCCCUCGACUGCAUCGCCAAACUCUCCCGCUCCCCCUCUAUCGCUCGCGGCCUCUACCGCGGCACCCCCGUCACUCUCCUGCGUGAAGCACAAGCCUACGGAUUCUGGUUCCUCACUUUCGAGUACCUGAUGAACACGGACGUGUCCCGCAACAGAAUCCAGCGGAAAGACAUCCCCACGUGGAAAGUCGCGUUGUAUGGAGGACUGGCGGGCGAGAUGUUGUGGAUUAGUAGUUAUCCGUUUGAUGUGGUCAAGUCGAAGAUGCAGACGGAUGGACUGGGGGUUGGGGAGAGGAAGUAUGCGAGUGCGAGGGAUUGUGUGGGGAAGACGUUUAGGAGUGAAGGGUUGAGGGGGUUUUGGAGGGGGGUGGGACCGACGUUGUUGAGGGCUAUGCCGGUUAGUGCGGGGACGUUUGCGGUGGUGGAGAUGACUAUGAGGGCUAUUAGUUGA